AUGGCUGAUGAAGAAAGAAAUUCCAGUUCCGCUAAUUCACUUCAGAAUGGAAAAUCUUUUUCGAUAAGCAGCAUCUUGGCCAUAGAAGCAGGUGAGAAAGAAACGACAGGAAACAAAGACAACGACAGACCUGCAGUAGUUUCCAAAAUCGGCUUCCCCUCCAUGGAGACCACCAAACCGUUCUCCGUGAGGCCGGAGGGAGCGGCUACUUUUCCGGCAUCCCACCUCUCCUCCCUGCCCGCGUGGUACCAGUGGUACACGGCCGGGCACCACUUCCUUCAGCAGCUCCACCAAGAGAAACUAUCACAGGCUAGUAGCAUUGCCAGCAAGCUCCAUCUACAACCAAAAGACUUGCCACCAAUAUUCAGAAACCCAAUCACAACUACUCAUUCAGAGUCCACAAAUAAAGAAUCUAAUGAUAUGUGUAUUUCUCCAAGGUCAAGGUCAUCUUCACCGGAAGCCGAACUUUCUGAUUCAAAGUCGGACGAUGAGAGCACAAAUGCCGUCUCGAUCGAGUCCAACUUAAGUGACAAUCAAGAUGACGAUAGAAAAAAUCGAAGAAAGAAAAAAACCAGAACGGUAUUCUCCCGCAGCCAAGUUUUUCAAUUAGAGAGCACAUUCGACAUGAAGCGCUAUUUGUCCAGCUCGGAACGGGCCGGUUUAGCGGCAUCAUUGCAGCUAACAGAGACUCAGGUUAAAAUCUGGUUUCAGAAUCGGAGGAACAAGUGGAAAAGACAGUUGGCCGCGGAACUAGAAGCAGCUAACAUGUCCCAGAUUGCAGCUGGACACCGACUGGUCAGGGUUCCGAUUCUUUACCACGACACGCCGAGUCACAGUAACUCACAGGAAGUCAAUACGUCACUUGCGCAUGCGAAUUACAGAGACUCGCUGUAUCUGGCCUCAGCCGGAUAUUCUCCUUUGUCACAGGUUCGUUCAGCAAUUGUCUGA